AUGAAUCCUAAUCCAAAGACGCGCGAAGAGCUUACAAUUUCUAAAGCAGCUCUUCAGCGCAGCACACGCCACUUUGCGAAUGUCUAUUGGACCAAUAUUUGCCACAACAUCCAAGCGUGUGCAGACUCAGGAAACUUCAGCGGUGUGUACUCUGGUAUAAAACAGGCCAUCGGCCCAGUUUCCAAAAAGGCAGCUCCCCUUAAAGAAGCUGAUGGCUCUGUUAUAACAGAUCGUCAUCGUCAAAUGGAACGUUGGGUAGAACACUUCACCACUCUCUAUGCAACUCCAGUCAGCAUCGAACCGGAGGCUGUUCAGAGCAUGCCUAAACUGGAUACUUGGAGUCAAUUAGACGACCUACCUACUAUAAGGGAAUACCACAUUGCUGUAAAGCAGCUUAAGCGCGGUAAGAGUCCUGGUAGUGAUGGAACCCAAGCAGAAAUACUUAAACUUAAGUGCGUGUCACCUAUUCUGCACAGUCUGCUGUGUAAGUGCUGGGAGGCGGGGUGCGUGCCUCGGGAUAUGCGUGAUGCCAACAUCAUCACACUAUACAAAGGGAAAGGGGAUCGCGGCGAUUGCAACUCCUACCGUGGCAUUUCCCUUUUGAGCACAGUCGGCAAGCUAUUUGGACGUGUAAUAUUAGGAAAGCUCCAAAAACUUGCAAAUCGCGUAUAUCCUGAGGCACAGUGUGGUUUUCGCCCCCGGCGUUCCACAGUCGAUAUGAUUUUCUCCCUUCGCCAAUUACAGGAGAAGUGCAGAGAGCAGAAAACGCCAUUGUACGUGGCGUUUGUUGACUUAAAUAAGGCCUUCGAUACCGUCAGCAGGGAAGGUCUUUAUACUGCACUGAAAUGCAUUGGGUGUCCACAAAAACUCUUGAGCCUUGUUCAAUCCUUUCACGAGGAUAUGAAGGGCGCUGUAGUUUUUGAUGGCCAAACGUCUGAUCAGUUCGAAAUGCGUAGGGGUGUCCGUCAGGGCUGCGUGUUGGCUCCUACCCUGUUUGGUAUAUUCUUUUCGAUUAUCCUAAGAACUGCUUUCGGCGAUAGCCAACAGGGUAUCCACCUUCAUACAAGAGUAGACGGAAAGCUAUUCAACAUCUCACUGCUUCAAGCUAAACGAAAGCGUCAUGAUCUUUUCGUUGACUCUUUGUUAUUUGCCGAUGAUGCAGCUUUUGUGGCAAACUCAGUUCUCGAGCUUCAAACAAUCAUGGACAAAUUUUCCAAAGCAUGCACUUUGUUUUCCAUGUCCAUAAACCCCAAAAAAACUGUGGUUCUAGCGCAAGGCAGUGCAGAAAUACCUGCAUUAAUGCUGGAUAGCACUGCUUUACAAGUGGUUGAUAGGUUCUGCUACCUGGGAUCGACUGUCUCGUGCAAUCUCUCUCUAGAAGCAGAGAUCAAUACUCGCAUCGGAAAAGCGGCGACUACGUUCGGGCGGCUCAGUACAAGAGUGUGGAACAACAAACAUCUUACCAACAGGACCAAGAUGAUAGUAUUUCAGGCCUGUGUUUUGAGCACGCUCUUGUACGGAGCGGAGGCGUGGACGUCCUAUGCGAAGCAAGAACGUCAGAUUAACACUUUUUAUAUGCGCUGCCUACGGAACAUCCUGGUUAUAAGUUGGAAAGACAGAGCGACCAACGAGAGGGUUCUACAAAUAGCGCGGAUGCCCAGUCUAACUGCCAUGCUAAAACAGCGUCGGCUGCGUUGGUUGGGGCAUGUACACCGGAUGGACCCCUCUCGACUUCCGCGGCAGAUCAUGCUUGGCGCAGUUGCGAACGCAAGGAGGGAUGUUGGGAGGCCUUUGCUCCGUUUUAAAGACUGCGCCAAGCGCGAUAUGGUCGCUUUUAACAUAAAUCACAACAGCUGGGAAAAGUUAGCCGAGAACAGAGACCAAUGGCGUAAGAGCGUGAAGGAUGGUCAACAACAUCACGAUGAAGCCUGGUUUGGACUCUUAUCGGACAGGAGAAACAAAAAACACCAGAACAGCGACAUCGGUGACACUAGCACAUCUUUUCCUUGUUCGGUGUGUGGUAGAAUCUGCCGCUCCCGUAUCGGCUUGUACAGCCAUCAGAAGAAAUGCUCUUCAGACACCGUUUAA